AUGGACCUCAUCCAUGGAACAAUUGAAGCUACAAUUUUCAAUGCAACUCCUUACUCUCCUUCAUUUCCUUUCAACUGUUUAUGCAUAAAUGGAAAGCCUGCAUAUGUGAUAAUCAAGAUAGACAACAAGAAAGUGGCAAAAACAACACAAGAAAGUGAACGUAUUUGGAACCAAACAUUUCAGAUUCAUUGUGCUCAUCUAUCUGAUUCAACCAUCACCAUUACACUGAAAACAUCAUGUUCUAUAUUAGGAAAAUUUCACAUCAAGGCACAACAGUUGAAGCAAGAGAGUUUGAUUGAUGGAUUAUUCCCUCUCCUCAUGGAAAAUGGUAAACCAAAUCAAGAACUAAAACUAAGGUUUAUAUUAUGGUUCAAGCCAGCAAAUUUGGAAUCAAGUUGGUCAAAGCUACUAAGUAGUGAAGAGUUUCAAGGGCUAAGGGAUGCUACAUUCUCACAAAGGUCUAAUUGUCAUGUUAAGCUCUAUCAUGAUGCUCAUCAUUCACCUACUUUUCAACCUCCUUUAGAUAUUUGUGGAGUUCCAAGACUGCUAUGGGAAGAUGUUUAUAAAGCUAUUGAGGGUGCAAAGUAUUUAGUUUAUAUUGCAGGAUGGUCUUUCAAUCCAAAAAUGGUUUUGGUUAGAGAUCCUCAGACAGAAAUCCCACAUGCUAGAGAAAUAAAGUUAGGUGACUUGUUGAAGAAGAAAGCAGAUGAAGGAAUUGCUGUAAGGAUUAUGAUUUGGGAUGAUGAGACAUCAUUGCCACUUAUCAAGAACAAAGGUGUGAUGAACACACAUGAUGAGGAUGCAUUUGCUUAUUUUAAACAUACAAAAGUAGUAUGCAGAAAGUGUCCUAGAUUACAUCAUAAAUUCCCAACAAUUUUUGCUCAUCAUCAGAAAACCGUAACUGUGGAUACGAAAGCGCCUAACUCUGUCAAUGAUAGAGAAAUUAUGAGUUUUUUAGGCGGUUUAGAUUUGUGCGACGGACGAUAUGAUACUGAGAAGCAUUCAUUGUUUCAAACACUUACAAAGGAAUCACAUUACCAUGAUUUCUACCAAACAAGCAUCGCAGGAGCAAGCCUUAAGAAAGGAGGUCCAAGAGAGCCUUGGCAUGAUGCUCAUGCUUGUGUUACCGGUGAGGCGGCUUGGGAUGUUCUAACCAAUUUUGAACAAAGAUGGACAAAACAAUGUGAUUCAUCGCUUCUAGUCCCUGCAAACACCUUACAAAAUCUCAUUCCUAUUUCCCCAACUAGCACUUCCAUCGAAAGAAAUUGGAAAGUACAAGUAUAUCGGUCGAUCGACCAUGUCUCGGCUAGCCAACUGUUUCGAAAACUAACAGUUGAGACUAGCAUCCAUGAAGCUUACGUCGAAGCAAUUAGGCGCGCCGACAGGUUUGUGUACAUUGAAAACCAAUACUUCAUUGGAGGAUGCCAUUUGUGGCAGAAAGAUAGAAACAGUGGCUGCAGAAAUUUGAUACCUAUUGAGAUUGCACUCAAGGUAGUCAACAAGAUUAAAGCAAGACAAAGAUUUGCAGUGUAUAUAGUCAUACCAAUGUGGCCAGAAGGAGGGCCUGAGAGUGAACCAGUUCAAGAUAUACUGCAUUGGACAAGAGAAACAAUGACAAUGAUGUAUAAGUUAAUUGGAGAAGCAAUUAUAGAAAGUGGUGAGCCAAGACAUCCAAGAGAUUAUUUGAAUUUCUUUUGCCUUGCAAAUAGGGAAAAGAAGGAAAAUGAAGAAUAUAUUCCUCCACAUUCUCCUCAUCCUGAAACUGAAUAUUGGAAUGCACAGAAAAAUAGAAGAUUCAUGGUCUAUGUUCACUCCAAGCUUAUGAUAGUGGAUGACCUAUACAUAUUAAUAGGAUCGGCAAAUGUGAACCAAAGAUCGAUGGACGGGCAAAGAGACACAGAGAUUGCAAUUGGAGGCUAUCAAUCUCAAGGAGUUGAUCACCACAUGACCAGAGGUGAUAUUCAUGCAUACAGAAUGUCAAUGUGGUAUGAGCACACAGGGAGAGCUGAGGACUUGUUUUUAAAGCCAGAAAGUUUAGAAUGUGUGCAGAGAAUGUGUUCAAUAGGAGAUAAAAUGUGGAAAAUCUAUAGUAGUGAAGAAAUAGUGGACAUGGAAGGCGUGCAUCUUGUAACUUACCCAGUGGUAGUGACAAAAGAUGGAUAUGUGGAGGACUUUAAUAAUGGUGAAGAACAUUUUCCUGAUACAAACUCUCCAGUGAAAGGGAGAAGAUCAAAGUUAUUACCCUCUGUCAUUACUACUUAG